AUGUCUUCGGUGAACGCGUCAGAUAAUAUAACGCAAUCUGCAGAGGAUUACUGGUUCAAAAUUGAGAAGUCUGUGCUUGCUCCCAUCCUCACCACUGAGAUGGUACUGGGUGUUUUGGGAAAUGGACUAGUUUUGAUAGUCAAAGUAGCGCGUAAAGACCAUUUUCAUUGCCUUUACUGGCUGCCACUUUUCAGUCUCACGAUCUCAGAUUUCCUAUGCUCCAUCCUCAUAAUCUGUGGCUCUCUCUUAGCCUUGCUGACUGAAGGUCAGAUUUCACCGUGGUGUGAGGUGGUGAGCUUGCUAAAGUUCACCUUCAUCACCUCUUCCAUUGGAAGCAUAGCUGUUCUCUGCAUUCAGAGAUUUAUGGGAAUUCCUUCUAAAGGUAAAAAGCUGUCCGUUCUCAUGGCUGUGGCAUGUGUGGCAUCGUGGUGUACAGGAACUAUAUUUGGAGCAGUGCCCGUAGCCUACAGAUGGAUAAGGUACGAUCCAGCGGAAAUGCUGUGUGCAGUGUUCUGGGAAAACAGUUACUCUGACAUGCUGGUUUACAUCCUCUGUGCCUUCUCCAUCUGCAUCUUCGCCCCGUUUCUCCUCAUAGUCUCCUGCUCCGUCCUGACUUGUGUUGGCUUCGGAAAAGACUGUUCCAGCCAGGGUGACCUGUCCUCUAUCACACCACUGCUGGUGAUCUUGUAUCUGCUCUGCUGUGUUCCCUUUGCUGCAUCUGAGUUGGUUCUCCUUGGAAGGCCUGAUUUGUCCCCAUCCCCUCAAUGGCUGCGAUCGCUAUCAUCAGUAAUGACGUAUCUGGACUGUUCUUUAAACCCCUUCAUCUACUGCACAAAUAAAGACUUCCGAAAAGCAGUACUCGUACUCGUAUGGAACAAAAGGAGAUCAACCUUUCCUGAUCCAGUGCUGACUGGCGUCACGAGGCUUGAAGCUUGAAGAUAUUCAACCAAUAAAA